AUUGAAAAAAUAGUUACAUACAUUAACCAUGACAGAUAACCACGCUAUGUUUCUUGAAAAUUAUGCUUGGCCCAUGCAAUACUCAUAAUUGGGCCUUUAACCCAAGAGAAUUGGACCCGGGCCUUAAUCAAGGUGAAUCUAUCUUCCUUCAGCGCCCCGAUGCUAACUGUAUCUCAACGGCAAAAGGCGGCGGGGCGACGAUUGGUUGCGUAACCGUCCCCGUUGCCCAUUCAAUAGGUUCGACCUGUUUCCGCCGUUUUGAUGGCCACCAAAACCAUAAACCUCAACAACGAAGUCAUUGAAGACGACGACUGUCUCUGCUCCAUUCCGUUGGAACAGAAGGAUCUAGAAGAGACGCAGUACUUGACAAUGAAUCGUCCAAAUGCAUACUUGAAAGGAGAAUCGCGGAUAGAGAGAGCGUGGUUUCACUGGAAGAAGCUAGGCGAGCCUAAGUUUAUUGUAGCACCAAUGGUUGACAACUCGGAGCUUCCUUUUCGACUUUUGUGCCGAAAAUAUGGUGCAGAUGCUGCUUAUACUCCUAUGCUUCACUCACGUUUAUUCACCGAAGAUGGAAAGUAUCGAUCCGUGGAAUUUACCACUUGCAAGGAGGACCGUCCACUUUUUGUUCAAUUCUGCGCAAACAAUCCAGAGACUUUGCUGGAAGCAGCUCGAAAAGUCGAACCCUAUUGUGACUAUGUGGACAUCAACUUUGGGUGUCCUCAGCGGAUUGCCAAACGUGGGAAUUAUGGAGCUUUCCUCAUGGAUAAUCUCUCACUUGUCAAGUCUCUGGUAGAAAAGUUGGCUAACAAUCUCACUGUUCCAGUAUCAUGCAAAAUCCGUAUUUUCCCUAAUUUGCAAGAUACACUCAGUUAUGCAAAGAUGUUGGAGGAUGCAGGUUGUUCACUUCUAGCAGUGCAUGGACGCACAAGGGAUGAAAAAGAUGGGAAGAAAUUCAGAGCCAAUUGGGAGGCCAUCAAGGCUGUCAGAAAUGUGGUUAGAAUUCCUGUCCUGGCAAAUGGUAAUAUAAGGCACAUCAAUGAUGUACACAGCUGUUUGGAAGAAACUGGUGCCAAUGGGGUACUUUCAGCGGAUCCUCUUCUCGAGAAUCCAGCCCUCUUUGCUGGAUAUCGAACUGCUGAAUGGGGAUUGGGCAGUGCAGGAAUGAAGGAAGAUGAUAAGCUAGAUCAGGCUGAGUUACUGAUAGAAUAUUUGAGGUUUUGUGAGAGAUAUCCAGUGCCUUGGAGAAUCAUUCGUUCUCACGUGCACAAGUUAUUGGGAGAGUGGUUUAGGAUCCAACCAAGUGUGAGAGAGGAUUUUAACAAACAAUACAAACUCACCUUUGAAUUUCUUUAUGAUUUAGUGAAUCGAUUGAGGGAACUUGGGGUGAGAAUACCACUUUAUGUGAAAGAUACUCACGAGACUGCAAAUUGACCUGCUAUGGUGAAGCCACCAGCUUUUGCCGGUCAAUUUUUUCACUCCAGCUUGUGCUUUGAAAAAUACACACUUAUUAAUGUUGGUCAGAGUAGUUGCAGGGUUAAACGUAUUUCAGCCUUUCCCCUCAUGUUUUGUAUGAUUAUAUGUUGACAUUUUUCUUGUAUUAUUAUGAUAACUUACACAUCUUGAAUUGUAUUCAGACUAAUUAUUUGUAAGGUGGCUAAUCGUUAAGCAAUAGAUGCACUUGAACUGAUUACUUGGGA